AUGGCUUCGAAGUCUCGACGUCAAAGCCGUUCCAGGUCCAGAAGUCGGAGCCGAGAUCGACAGAACAAGUCCAGAGGAAAUAGGUCUAGAUCUCCGGAUGAGAGGAGAGACCGUAGUCGGUCUUCCGAUAGGAAAAGAGCCGCUCGGGGUAGGGGAAGAUCCGGCAGUCGGGACUCCAGCGAUGGCCCCGCAGCCGUACGUCGGCCUCGGCACGGGGUCCGUUCUGGUUCCAGCAGCGGCUCGGAGGGCGGCAGGAGGCGAGGGUCUCACGGUCAAAAGAACAGGUCGAAGGGUCGGUCAUCCAGUCCUGAUUCAGAUAAUACCAAAAUGAGAAAGAGGAGAAAGGAACAGGAGACCCGUAGAACAACAUCUCGAGAGAGGAGAAGGGGAAGAUCCCAGUCCAGUUCUGACUCUGGUGAUGGAAGAAGCGACAAAGAAAGGAGAAGAAGGAGUCUUGACAGAGCGACUUCUCCCAGAGAGCGACAGAGGUGGGAGCGGGACAGAGAGCGACGCAAGAGCAGCAGCAGAGACAGAGACAAAAAUCAAGAGCGAAGGAAGAAAAGUGAAGACAGGGAGCGAGGGAGGAGUAAGAGAAGCCGAGAGAGGUCCAACCGGCACAGAGGCAGGCAGCGCUCCAGUUCAAGUGAGUCAUCUGAUAGCUCAGGGUCAGAGUGUGAAAGCAGCGCGCUCAAGGAAAAGGAGGAAAGGAAAAAACAGAAGGAGAUGAUGAAAGCCCUCGAAACGCCAGAAGAGAAGAGGGCCAGAAGAUUGGCAAAGAAGGAAGCAAAGGAGAAGAAAAGGAGAGAGAAAAUGGGCUGGAGUGAAGAGUACUUGGGAUACACCAAUGCAGAUAAUCCUUUUGGCGACAACAACUUAUUGGGCACUUUCAAAUGGCAAAAGGCAUUAGAUAAGAAAGGCAUCGGUCAUCUCGGAGAGAAAGAGCUUAAAGAAAGGAACAAAUGUAUUCAGGAGGAGAACCGCAGAGAGCUGCAGAAGGUGAAGCAGCUGCGUCUGGAGCGAGAGCGGGAGAAGGCCAUGAGAGAGCAGGAGCUGGAAAUGUUGCAGAGAGAAAAAGAGGCAGAAUAUUUCAAGACCUGGGCUGAACAGGAAGACAACUUCCAUCUGCAUCAGGCCAAACUAAGGUCUAAGAUUAGAAUUCGUGACGGCCGUGCCAAGCCCAUUGACCUUCUGGCAAAGUAUAUCAGUGCAGAGGAUGAUGAUCUUGCAGUGGAAAUGCAUGAACCAUACACAUUCCUCAAUGGGCUCACAGUCACCGACAUGGAUGACCUGCUGGAGGACAUAAAGGUGUACAUGGAGUUAGAACAAGGCAAGAACGUGGACUUCUGGAGAGACAUGACAACCAUCACUGAGGAUGAGAUCAGCAAACUGAGAAAACUGGAGGCCUCUGGGAAAGGACCUGGUGAUCGUCGUGAGGGCAUUAACACAGCUGUGAGCACUGAUGUUCAGUCUGUGUUCAAAGGAAAGACAUACAGUCAGUUGCAAGCACUGCACCAAAACAUUGAGACAAAGAUUCGGGCUGGAGGAUCCAAUCUUGACAUCGGUUACUGGGAGAGUCUGUUGCAGCAAGUCAAAGUAUACAUGGCCAGAGCAAGGCUGAGAGAACGACACCAGGAGGUGUUGCGUCAGAAGCUGUUCAAGCUGAAACAGGAACAGGGGGUGGAGAGUGAACCUUUGUUCCCCAUCAUCAAAGAGGAGGCUAGAACUGAGGAAGAUGAUGAGAGAGCAGGAGGGCAAACAAGAGAGAAACAGGGAAACACAGAUGCAGAGGAGGGUCCGUCCACAUCUACGGCAGAAAGCCAAGAUGAAGGAGGAGAUAAGGGUGACAAGAAGGAUGAAGAGGAAAAGGACGAGGUGGUAGAGGCUGUGCUAACUGAGGAGGACCUGAUCCAGCAGAGCCAAGCAGAGUAUGACUCGGGUCGCUACAGCCCAACACUGCUCACCCAGUCUGAGCUGCCACUGGACACACACACAAUCACCCCAGAGGAAGACGCACACCGGCUGCAGUUAGCACGCAGACAGCUCCAAGUCACUGGUGAUGCCAGUGAAAGUGCAGAGGACGCUUUUGUGCGACGGGCCAAGGAAGGCAUGGGCAAUGACGAGGCUCAGUUCAGCGUCGAGUUUCCAGUCACAGGGAAAAUGUACCUUUGGGCAGACAAAUACCGUCCCAGGAAACCACGCUUCUUCAACAGGGUCCACACAGGCUUCGAGUGGAACAAGUACAACCAGACGCAUUAUGACUUCGACAACCCUCCCCCUAAGAUAGUCCAAGGUUACAAAUUCAACAUAUUCUACCCGGACUUGAUCGACAAGCGAUCGACCCCUCAGUACUUCCUUGAGCCCAGUCCCGACAACAAGGACUUUGGGAUUUUAAGAUUCCAUGCGGGCCCACCAUACGAGGACAUUGCUUUUAAGAUCGUGAACAGGGAAUGGGAGUACUCGCACCGACAUGGCUUUCGCUGUCAGUUCGCCAAUGGAAUCUUUCAGCUUUGGUUCCACUUCAAGAGGUAUCGCUACAGGAGAUAAAUGCCACAUACCAGUACUGACCAAAGCCCCCAAUAACUGGGUUUUACACAUGCUGUACAGUAAAGGUGCUUUGUUGUUUCGUGUUAGCUGCGCUCACAGAAAAGCAGCAUUAAAGCUACAAAUCACUGUUCUUGUCUAAGAGUUACAAAUUAAAGAUUUUUUUUCUUCCUUUU